AUACUUGUUACAGUUAUGGAGAGACGGCAUACUAGUAUUGUUUUUGCAGAUGAUAUCGUCCAGAAUCCAGCAACUAUCACAAGAAUACUCCUUAGCCACUUCAAUUGGGAUAAAGAGAAGCUAAUGGAAAGGUACUUUGAUGGAAACCUGGAGAAGCUCUUUGCUGAGUGUCAUGUAAUUAAUCCAAGUAAAAAGUCUCGAACACGCCAGAUGAAUACAAGGUCAUCAGCACAGGAUAUGCCUUGUCAGAUCUGCUACUUGAACUACCCUAACUCGUAUUUUACUGGCCUUGAAUGUGGACAUAAGUUUUGUAUGCAGUGCUGGAGUGAAUAUUUAACUACCAAAAUAAUGGAGGAAGGCAUGGGACAGACUAUUUCAUGUCCUGCUCAUGGUUGUGAUAUCUUAGUGGAUGACAACACAGUUAUGCGCCUAAUCACAGAUUCAAAAGUUAAAUUAAAAUAUCAGCAUUUAAUAACAAAUAGCUUUGUAGAGUGCAACCGACUGUUAAAGUGGUGUCCUGCCCCAGAUUGCCACCAUGUUGUUAAAGUCCAAUAUCCUGAUGCGAAACCUGUUCGCUGCAAGUGUGGGCGCCAGUUUUGCUUUAACUGUGGCGAAAAUUGGCAUGAUCCUGUUAAAUGUAAGUGGUUGAAGAAGUGGAUUAAAAAGUGUGAUGAUGACAGUGAAACUUCUAAUUGGAUUGCAGCUAACACAAAGGAAUGUCCCAAAUGCCAUGUCACAAUUGAGAAGGAUGGCGGUUGUAAUCACAUGGUUUGUCGUAACCAGAACUGUAAAGCAGAGUUUUGCUGGGUGUGUCUUGGCCCUUGGGAACCACAUGGAUCUGCCUGGUACAACUGUAACCGCUAUAAUGAGGAUGAUGCAAAGGCCGCAAGAGAUGCCCAAGAGCGAUCUCGGGCAGCCCUGCAGAGGUACCUGUUCUACUGUAAUCGCUAUAUGAACCACAUGCAGAGUCUACGCUUUGAACAUAAGCUGUAUGCUCAGGUGAAGCAGAAGAUGGAGGAGAUGCAGCAGCACAACAUGUCCUGGAUCGAGGUGCAGUUCCUGAAGAAAGCAGUCGAUGUCCUCUGCCAGUGUCGUGCCACACUCAUGUACACUUAUGUCUUCGCCUUCUACCUCAAAAAGAAUAACCAGUCCAUUAUCUUUGAGAAUAAUCAAGCAGAUCUAGAAAAUGCCACAGAGGUGCUUUCGGGUUACCUCGAACGAGAUAUUUCCCAAGAUUCUCUGCAGGAUAUAAAGCAGAAAGUCCAAGAUAAGUACAGAUACUGUGAGAGUCGACGAAGGGUUUUGUUACAGCAUGUGCAUGAAGGCUAUGAAAAAGAUCUGUGGGAGUACAUUGAGGACUGAGAAUGGCCCUGCAUAAAAUGAACUCUGAAAACUUUACCAUCUAGAGUGCUCAUGCAAUUAAAACAAACACAAACACAAACAAGGAGGCACUAAGCCUAUUCUGACACCGCUGGUCUGUAGUACCAGAAUUCUGUUUUGUUAACGGAAAGUUUCAGUAAAUUAUAUUGUAAUAAAAAAGGUAGAUAAACCAUUGUACAACAGUAUUCUAGGCCGCCAACAAAGUGUGACAGACACACAAAAAGCCCUCCAACUUUAACUUGUAACGUAGCUUCAUUCUCAAAGCUGACUUCCUUUUUCUCCGCCCCCCCCACCCCCCACCCCAGUGUAGUACAGUUAAAAUUUCAAAUAGCUCCUUGACCCUGCUUUUCAUGUCCAAACCAGCCAUUUUGUUGUACUUUGGUAAAGGACCUCUUCCCCUUCUUCCCCUGCACAUACACACCCCACACACACACAGUUGGAGUCACUUUCUCUCAUACCCUACGGUCAUGAGUGAAUAAUGAUUAUUAGCUACUUGUAAGGAAAUUCUUAGGAGGGGAAUGGGUAGGCAGCAAGAGGAUUAAACAAAAAACACAAACACUUUGUAUAUGACUUUUAAAACAAGAGGACAACACAGUAUUUUUCAAAAUUGUAUAUAGCGCAUAUGCAUGGAUAAAGCAAGCGUGGCACGUGUUUGCAUAAUGUUUAAUUACAAAAAUAUUUAUUCUUUAAAAAGCUUCAAGAUUAUGUCUAUUUGCUGUGCAUUUUCUUUCAGUUGGCUUUAUCUUUCCAGGGUUGGGGUUGGGAUAAAGGUGUGUAUGUUAAGCACCUCUGCAAGACCUAACUAGAGUGCUUCAGUUUCCCUUUCCUGAGGUCAGUUUGCCCUUUCUGGUUUGGUUCUGUCUUUUCCUGGCCAUGGGACUCAUGCCUUGCAUUCCCAGCUUCUAGAUGUAGAUAGAACAAGGGAAUCAAGUCCUGAGCAAAUGCUGUGGCCUGUGAAAGACUACAAGGGGUUUGUUGCUUCAGUUCAUGAAUGAUCCUGUCCCAACUUCCUCUUUCCUGUGUGGCCUUGAUGCCUCUAUCCCAGCCCAUGUGCGCACGUUAUGCACACGGCUGUGGGCUUCCUAGGCCUCCCCAUCACGUCUGGAGGAAGCAUUUCAAAUUUUCUUUUCCUGUUUUAUUUUUCCUGAAUUGCUGCUUUGAGCCUUUUGAAAUUUUAGUUAUGGCUCGUCUCAUCCCUUCUUUAUGUUAGGGUGUUGAAUACAAUGUUUUCACUUUAAGUAUAAAUAAAUAGCCAUUCACUUAGUCCGAGAUUGUGAAUUUUAAAUGGUGGAUAUUGAAAUUGCUUGUGUGUGUUGCGGUGGGUUCAGUUUGAAGGCAAACACCACUAGAACAUUGAUACUCCUCCCAUCCAGUGCAUUUGAGUAGGAAUCACUGAGUUUGCUUCUUUUCUAUUGUCAGCAUAUAGGAGAAUUAAUAAUGCAUUUUAGCUGUGAUGUCCAUUUUUAUGAAAUUUCUACUAAAAGCUAUGUUAAAAGUAAAGGAUGGUGGUGGUUUUAUUAACUAUAUACCUGUUUAGGCCAUUCUGCCUGUGGUAUUUUUCGACAGGUCAGCAUCCCUAAGACUGUCAGUUUUAUAUUAGAGUGCAGAGUGAACUAGGCAACUAGAUCAAGAGGUAUAACUAUUAAAUGCCAGUUUUGGCUGAGGACCUCUUCGUCUUCCUUUAACUGUCUUGUGCCUAGGGAGUGUUUACCAUUUGUGAGGCAGCUGUGUCUGUUCUUGCAUUGUACAUCUUAUUACUCCAUUGGGAAGUAGGUUCACUUUCCUCUGGCUUUUUGCCUAAGUUAGGCUUUGCUGAAUCACCCUACUUUUCCUUUUAGAAAGGUUGUUACAUGAGAUGUACUUGCAACUGUUCUUUUCCCAUCACAAAUCAGUGAAUGUUUGCUGAGUGUGCUAUGCUGCUUCCUUAAACCACUUGUCGCUUUAGGAUCAACUUUACUUCUGUCUUUUUUCUUCCCUUCCCUUGUCACCUCAGGUGCAAAUCUGAACUUGUGUCUGCUUCUCCAUUUUCUCUUUGCCCUGUCUUUCCCCCAUUAUCCAUUUGACUUUAUUUUAAAUAAUUGCAUCAGUCUUUAAAAAAAAAAGCAACAUUUAUCAAAACCAACGAGAUUUCAAAGAAAGCUCAAAGUAAGUUCCUUUUCCUGGUGACUUUGAAAAGCAACCAGAAUUGUCACAUAGAUAUAUGGUCCCUUAAAAUGCUUUGUGUAUGUGGUGUUUAAAAACAGUUAACUUCGCAGUAUCUAGGUCUGAGUGUCAGAAGUCCUCUUCACGCCCUGCCCUUGCAACAAGUAUCCAAAAGAGUGUUUGCACCUUAUAGUCCCAGUCCCCACCCAUGGAGGGAUAGUGCAGUUGGUGACACUUCCUAGUCCCAGUGCUCACAUGGGACUUGAGGGUAUUGCACUCAUAAUCUGUGUGGAUCAAGGUGAAUUGGCCUUUCUGCUACAUCCAAGCUUUUAACAACUGUCUCCACAUCUAACAGAGUUUUCAGAAUUUAACUGCUUUUGUUAGUAGCUUCAGUGCCCCCAGCUGGGAUAGGCAAGCCAUAUUGUUUGACAACUUUCCUAUUUGACCUCCCUAAGUCUCUCAGAGGGCUCUACUUACAGUAAGCACAAGGGUCUCCUUGUGUUUUUGAGGUCAGUUACAUUCUAGGCACAUGCUUCAUUUGAGCAAUUCAUUGAGCAGCAGGUGAACUUUUAAUGAUUUACAAUAAAAUUUUGAUCCAAAGCUCAGGAGACAUACUAUUGUGGUAAAUGGAGUAGCAUAUAACAUCACCAGACUCUAAAUUCUUUGUAAUUUGCUGCAACUCAGAUUGUAUAUGUUUUAUGUGUGUUUAAAUAAAUAUAUUAAAGACACACGUGUAUACAUACAUACCAAUAGAUCCAAGACUGACUGACUUGGUUUGAAAUGGUUGAAUCUGCAGUGUAAUGUGUGGUUCACCUGUGAUUAGGAGUUGAAACUUAGAACAAGAGAGUAAAAGGACUUAAUGUAACAUUAUUUUAGCCACAUAUCCCGAUAUAGAGCACUUGGGGAAUGGGAUGGGGUGGGUUGGUGAGACAAUCAGAUCGAUAAAUUGAUUAAAUGCUCCUAACCCUGUAAUUUUGUGCAUAGAGCACCUUGUGCUGUGGAAAUAACUGUUCUUAGAUUUUCAUUGUAACUGGACUGUUCAGGUUGCCCAGAGGGAAAGAACAUUCCUAAUUCUAAUAAAAUAAACAUUUAUUUUGUUA